AUGAACCCCUUCCCCGGCGACGACAUGCGGCGCCCCGCGGAGGUCGCCGCGGCCGCCGCCGCCGCGGGCCAGCCCUGGGGCCUCGCCGUCGCCGUGCCGGGCCUCUACGCGAGCCCGCCCCUGUCGCCCGCGAACCUGCCGCCCGCGGCGCCCGCGGUGCCCGCACCACCGGCCGCGCCGCCGGCCGCGCCGCCGGCCGCGCCGCCGGCACCACCACCAGAACCGCCCAAGCCCGUGCUCACGGAAGCCCAACAAGCCGCCGUCGACGCGCAGCUCUGCGUCGCUUGUCGAGGAGGCGACCUCCCAAAGGUACGCGACGCCCUGAAGAAGGGCGCCUCGACGUCGUGUCAGAACGCGCACGGCUGGCGGCCGCUGCACAACGCGGCCGCGAACGGCCGCGCGGACGCGAUCCGCGUUUUGGUGGCCGCUGGUGCGGAUAUACAUGCGCGAGAUUCAUAUGGAUGGACCGCAUUACACGACGCCGCGGCGCGGGGCCACGCGGACUGCGUCCGAGAACUGCUAAAAGCAGGGGCCGAUAAACAUGGCAAGGACAAGGCGGAGCUCACGCCGAUCCAUCUGGCGAAGCAGAAUAGUCAUCACGCGGCCCACGACGCCAUGCUCAACCCCAAUGCCGGGCAGAAGGCGGCGGUCAACGGCCCGGCGCCGGCGAAGCGCAAGCGGCCGCCCAAAAAGAAGAAGGGUGAGGCCGCGUCGCCGUCAGGUAGCGCAUCCAAAAAGAAGAAGGGUGCCGCCGCCGCCGCGCCCUUCACGGCGCCGCCGAAGCCUGAGCCGGUGGCCGCGCCGCCGGCGUCGCCUUUCCAGAUGCCUAAAGAAAAUAGCUAG